AGCUGCUCCUGAACCCCAGAACAACCAGGUGGAUCAGUUCUCACAGGAGUCACAGCUCAGAGACUGGGAAACAUGGUUCCAAAACUGUUCACUUCCCAAAUUUGUCUGCUUCUUCUGUUGGGGCUUAGUGGUGUGGGGGGCUCACUCCAUGCCAAACCCCGACAGUUUACGAGGGCUCAGUGGUUUGCCAUCCAGCACGUCAGUCUGAACCCUCCUCAAUGCACCACUGCAAUGCGGGUAAUUAACAAUUAUCAACGGCGUUGCAAAGACCAAAAUACUUUUCUUCGUACAACUUUUGCUAAUGUAGUUAAUGUUUGUGGUAACCCAAAUAUAACCUGUCCUAGUAACAGAAGUCGCAACAAUUGUCAUCAUAGUGGAGUCCAGGUGCCUUUCAUCCACUGUAACCUCACAACUCCAAGUCCACAGAAUAUUUCAGACUGCAGCUAUGCAAACAUAACAGGAAGGAGGUUCUAUAUAGUUGCAUGUGACAACAGAGAUCCACGGGAUUCUCCACGGUAUCCUGUGGUUCCAGUUCACCUGGAUACCAUCAUCUAAGCUCCUGUAUCAGCACUGCUCAUCAUCACUCAUCUGCCAAGCUCCUCAAUCAUAGCCAAGAUCCCAUUCUUCCAUGUACUCUGGGUAUCAGCAUCUGUCCUCAUCAGUCUCCAUACCCCUUCAGCUUUCCUGAGCCGAAGUCCCUUGUGAACCCUGCAAUAAACUGCUUUGCAAAUUCA